AUGGAGGGGGAGCAGGAACUUGGUAUGCUGGAAGUUGAGAGCAGCGACCGAGCCCAGGAGCUGCUCAGUGUUUUUUCAAAAGUGCGGGACCGGCUGCACCACGAGGGUGGCAUCACCGCCCUUCCCCUUGACUUCCCCAUUCGAGAGCUCAACCACGACAGCUACAUGGGCAUCACCUACACACUGCACGGGAACUGGAAGGAGGUGGGUCGAAGAAGGGUCGCCCAUGAGAACGUAGUGGAGUCGAUAGGGAUCAGGCUGCGGUACCAGAACUCGCGCAAGUGCUACGACCUGAACACGCUGCUGGCGACGCUGCUUCACGAGUUCGCGCACGCCAUCACCCGCGGCGAGAUGCUGAACGGCCACACCGAGGAAGGACGGCGGUGCCGAGGCUGGCAUGACAUCGCCCACACGGACGAAUUCUACGCCAACUUCGCACUCAUCUUGGAGAAGGCGGAGGCUCUCGACAUCUUCACUCUGCCGGGCGACGCGCGAUCCAAGUUCACUAAGAAGAACCUGAUCAAGUAUGACAAAAUCGACUCACAGGUCGCCGACCUCAACGGUGAGGCGGAGGGAGAGGAGGAAGACGCGUCUCUGCCGCGAUUCCUGCAAUCGGAGGUAAAAAGUGGUGGACGGCAGGAGGAGGCGGACGACGUGAGGCCGGCCCGACCACAGGCCGAAGAACCGCUGCGCCUCACGCUCUCCCGCAACGGCCAACGCAAGAUGGUAGUGCUGAGCCCUCGCAACAUGGACGCACUGGCCAAGCUCGUCAAACAGAAGUUCAGGGUGAAGGCGCACAAGGUGACCGACACCAAGGGUAGGCCCAUCGUCGACGCUGACCUGCUCCAACUCGCCCAGGACGCAACACUCAACAUUGCGUGA